CAGAUUCAAAUAGAUAAUCAUUAAAAAAGCAACCUUUGCUCUGAACUUUCCUAUGAAACAGAGGUUUAGUCUAUCUUCCUUUUUGCAUAGGAAGCCAAUUAAUAAAUACGAGCCGCUGGUUAAUCUAUGGCCUGUGGGGACAGUAGUAAAAGAUCAUAAAUUUGUGUGGAGAUAGCUGAGCUCAGUGUUCCGGUGUGUGCACAUUUAAACCCCAUGCACUGCUGCAGCCAAGCUUCACUGCACAUGUCACCAUGAGACUGGUGCUACCAAACCCUGACUUGGAUCUGCGGAUCCCGAGCUACACUGAUCUGGAGAAGAUGGAUAAGGAGGCCAAGGACCGUCCCCAGUGGGACAACAAAGCCCAGUACAUUCUGACCUGCGUGGGCUUUUGCAUUGGGCUGGGAAAUGUGUGGCGAUUCCCCUACUUGUGCCAAAGCCAUGGAGGAGGAGCCUUUCUGAUCCCCUACCUGAUCCUGCUAGUAUUGGAAGGUAUGCCUCUCCUUCUGCUGGAAUUUGCCAUUGGUCAGCGCCUGAGAAAAGGCAGUGUGGGGGUGUGGAGGGCAAUCAGCCCCUACCUGACUGGAGUAGGUAUUGCGUCGAUGUUGGUGUCCUUUUUAGUCGGACUGUACUACAACACGUUGAUCGGCUGGAUUCUGUGGUAUCUCUUCAACUCAUUUCAAGAGCCACUGCCAUGGACACAGUGUCCCCUUAAUGACAGCAAAACAGAGUUUGUCUCAGAGUGCCAAAGGAGCUCCACUGUGGAUUACUACUUCUACAGAGUUUCUCUGAAUAGCACCGCCUCAAUAGCUGACUCUGGAGGCCUCCAUCCACCCAUUGUGAUCUGUUUGUUGGCUGCUUGGACUGUUGUGGCCAUCUGCUGUAUCAGGGGGAUCAGCACUUCAGGAAAGGCGGUCUAUGUUACAGCCAUCCUGCCUUACAUUGUAUUGGCCAUCUUCCUGAUCAGAGGACUGACUCUUCCAGGCGCUGUGAACGGAAUCAAGUUCCUUUUUAUACCUGACGUGAAGGAGUUGAUAAAACCCUCAACUUGGCUAGAUGCAGGUGCCCAGGUUUUUUAUGCAUUUGGUCUGGCAUGGGGAGGACUCAUCUCCUUCUCAAGCUACAACCCUGUUCACAACAACUGUGUGCAGGAUGCUGUGAUUCUGUCUGUUGUAACUGGCCUCACUUCAGUCUAUGCUGCAACUGUCACAUACUCCAUAAUCGGAUUCAGAGCCACUGAGAAAUUCGACACCUGUAUCAGUGACAAUAUCAUGACUUUGACAAACGCCUUUGAUCUUCCUGAGAUGAACAUCACUUCAAGCAGCUAUGAUGCAACCUUAAGCAGUCUGAAUGUUUCCUAUCCUGAUGUCCUUCCUGGUCUGGACAUCCAAACCUGUGACCUGCAGAUCCUUUUGAGUGAGGGAGUGGAGGGAACAGGUCUGGCGUUUAUAGUUUUCACCGAGGCCAUCACCAAGAUGCCCGGCUCCCCCGUCUGGUCUGUUCUCUUCUUUGUCAUGCUUCUCUGUCUGGGACUCUCAUCUCUGUUUGGCAACAUCGAGGGAGUGGUGGUCCCCUUAAAGGACCUGAAAUUGAUCCCAAAGAAUUUUCCCCCAGAGGCUUUGACGGGACUUACCUGCGUGGUUUCCUUCAUCAUCAGCCUCCUGUUUGCGCAGCGUUCAGGAAUCCACUGGGUUGCUCUUUUUGACAACUUUGCUGGAUCUAUUCCACUGCUGACCAUUGGGUUGUUUGAGAUGAUAGCUGUCGUUUACAUCUAUGGCAUAGACAGAUUCAAUGAGGACAUUGCCUUUAUGGUUGGGCAUAAGCCAAACAUCUUCUGGCAGGUUACCUGGAGAGUCAUAAGUCCUUUAACUGUCCUGGUCAUUCUGGUUUUCUACCUGGUGACUCAAGCUCAAGAAACGCUCACCUAUUUGGUCUGGGAUGCCGGCUCUGAAGUGUUCCCAGCUUUGACAUCGGUGACAUACCCAUCCUGGAUCUAUGCGGUCAUCUUUCUUCUGGCAGGAGUUCCCAGCCUGUCGGUGCCUGUUUAUGCUUUGUGUCGGCUGAUUUAUGUUUGCUGCAGAAAAUAAUAUUUGUAAUUGAAAACA